AUGACCGUCUUCAUUGCGUCUCUCUUCCUACCCUACACGGUGAACUUCCAUGUCAAUAAUGGACGCCACCGAUCACCCCCAAUCGGCCCUCCAUCCGCCAACCCCGCCAUUGAUGGAAUCUCUCCCGUCCCUACUAAUACCAAUACCAAUACCGCCGCGAGCUUGUUCGAAAAGAAUGACCCCAUAAAAAAGCCCGGGUUGACUCCUGGUGCCACCACGGAUUAUGAGCGCAUCUUUGCUUCCAGCGUGGCUCAGGCGGAGGUAGCCAAGAGCGGGUAUCCGUUUCCUGCGCCUGCUGAGUCUGAACCCCAGCUUCUGACAGAGAGCGAGGGGCAUUCACCCGCAUGGGGAUCAACUACCUCCCUCAUGCAGCCAAAGGCGAAGCCACUGGUGUCACCUUCGCCUUCUAUCCUUAAACAUCAAGAUCCCCCUGUCGCCAAGGAACCUGUCUCGUCGCGCGCUCCAAAUGCCCAGCCUACCCCUCCAUCCGGACAGAGAUGGACUCAGUUUGCGAACCGCAAAGUGUCAUUUUCCAAGGCCGAAUGGACAAUCGAAACUGCUGAGCAGGGAAACGGUGGAUUGCGAAAUGCCGUACGUUCUGCAACAGAUGCUGGAUUUUUGGAUCAGAUGAUGUGGGUAGGCACCCUGGGAAUGCCAAUCGAUGCUUUGGCAAAGUACACUUGGAAGGAUAUUGUGGAAAAAUUGGAGAAUGAAUAUGGGUCCUUGACGGUUGGUGUGAGUGACGGUGACUUUGACGGCCACUACACACAUUUCUGCAAAACUAUUCUCUGGCCAGUGUUCCACUAUCAGAUUCCGGAUAACCCAAAAAGCAAGGCUUAUGAAGAUCAUUCUUGGAUCUAUUACGUCAAGCUCAACCAGGCGUUUGCGGAUCGCAUUGCGAAAGACUGGAAGCGCGGCGAUUCAAUCUGGGUUCAGGAUUAUCACUUACUACUCGUUCCAGCUAUGCUUCGCAAGUUGUUGCCAGAUGCACAGAUCGGCUUCUUCUUGCACAUUGCUUUCCCAUCCUCAGAAGUUUUCAAGUGCUUGGCACCUCGCAAAGAACUUCUCGAGGGUAUCCUGGGUGCCAACCUCAUUGGUUUCCAGACGGAUGAGUAUUGCCGACACUUUUUGCAAACUUGCAGUCGAAUCCUUUGCGUGGAAGCUACACCUGAAGGUAUCCAGCUAGAAGACCGGUUUGUCAACGUGGGUACAUUCCCUAUUGGUAUUGAUCCAACCUCUUGGGACAAGCGUCGUCAAGCAACAGAUGUUGAGCACUGGGUUGAUGCAAUCUCGGAACGCUAUCAAGGAAAGCGUCUCAUCGUUUCGCGUGAUAAGAUUGAUUCUGUUCGAGGCAUUCGCCAAAAGCUUCUCAGUUACGAACUUUUCCUGAAUACAUACCCGGAAUGGGCAGAUAAAGUUGUCUUGGUUCAAGUCGCAACUAGCACCACGGAUCAACCUGACUUGGAGGCAACUCUCUCUGAUAUUGCCAUGCGAAUCAACUCCAUGCACUCGACUCUCGCCCACCAACCCCUCGUUUUCCUCAAACAAGACCUGGCCUUCCCGCAAUAUCUUGCGUUGAUCAGCGUGGCAGAUGCUUUGAUGAUUACUAGUCUACGCGAGGGUAUGAAUUUGACCAGUCACGAAUUUGUCUAUUGCCAGGACGGUCGGUAUGGCAACAAAGCGUAUGGAUCAUUGAUCCUUAGCGAGUUCACUGGAAGUGCAUCUGUCUUUGGAAACCAUGCUCUUUUGGUCAACCCUUGGGAUUACCGCCAAUGCUCUGAAGCAAUUUACACAGCCUUGACUCGUGAUGAACAAGAACGGAAGAAGGUCUGGGAGGGAAUGUUCAGUGCAGUCUUGCAAAACUCCACUGCCAACUGGGUCAAGUCGUUCAAUGAAACUCUUGCACGGGUCUGGCACGAGCAGUCGUCUCGGGAGAUUAUGGCUGUCCCUCGGCUAUCUGUAUCUCGACUUGCCGAACAGUAUCGACAGUCGAAACGACGACUCAUGGUCGUUGACUACGAAGGAACACUAGCUUCAUGGGGAUCCCCAGGGAGCAUUAUUCUGACCACGCCGCAGCGCGCCAUCACCACUCUGACCGAUUUGACCGAAGACCCUGCGAAUGUGGUAUACGUCAUGAGUUCCCGCAUGCCCGAAGAAAUGGAACGUCUAUUCCGACAGGUCAACAACCUGGGCCUCAUCGCCGAGAAUGGAUGCUUUUUACGCGAGCCACAAGCUGAUGUGUGGACGCAUCUUGCAGACAAGGUGCACGUCAAAGCAUGGAAGGAAUCAGUAUCCAACAUUCUAGCUUACUUCCAGGCUCGUGUGGAAGGCAGCUGGAUCGAAGAGCGCCACUGCUCUCUUGUCUUCCAUCAUGGAUCCGCAGAAGACCGCCACAUUGCUGCUCGCCUUGCUGCUGAGUGUGCAGGAAAUAUCAAUGAUGCAUGUGCUAACCAAGGCGUGCAUGCCAUUUCCGUUGAGGGUGCUUUGAUUGUGGAAACCACACAUACCAACAAGGCAUCUGCGGCAGCGUUAGUCUGGAAGUGGUUCCUUGAACACGAUGAGAAAACCAAGCAAGCCGCAAAACCUGACUUCCUGCUGGUCAUCGGUGACAACCGUGAGGACGAGCCUGUUUUCCGAUGGGCCAACAAACUGCAGCGAUCCAAGGCUGUCGAGUACGCUAUGACAAUUACAUUGGGCUCGCGUAGCACUGAGGCAAAGGCGACUCUGACUCAAGGUGUGACUGGUGUUCUUUCUUGUCUACAGCAAUUGGCUGCCCCAGGCCCGGCAGAUGGAACAUCACUGCCCCUACGUCAAGUUACUUGA